AUGGAGAAAUAUCUACGCGAGUGGCGCCAGGAAGCCCUCAAUCGCUGCCAGUACGACACAGCCAUCUUUGUUGCAGACAAGCUGCUGGCCUUGACGGAUGACGACCAGGACGCAUUCUGGCUAGCCCAGGUGCACUUCACCACCGGCAACUACAACAGGACCCAGUCACUCCUCGCACGCGGAAACCUCGUUGAGCGCACGCCCCAAUGUCGAUACCUCGCUGCGCACUGCUCUCUGAAGCUGGGGAAAUUGGAAGACGCACUGCAGAUACUGGGCGACAAGAACCCAACCCACCUCAUUUCGGCGCCAGGGAAUACGCGCACCAAGCUGCGGCAUGUCGACGUCAACACACGGGCCGGCGCAAGACAGACCAAGAACGGCUCGCGCAACGAGCGCCUACCCACGAGCGAAGAGCGCGAUCGAGAAGAUGUUAACAACAUCAAGUCGGAAGCAGGCAUGUGCUAUCUUCGAGGUGUGUGCUAUGCAAAGCAGAACUCCUUCGACCGGGCCAAGGAAUGCUACAAGACGGCGGUUCAGAUCGACGUGCAAUGCUUCGAGGCCUUCGAUGCGCUUAUGUCCAACUCAUUGAUGGCACCAGAGGAGGAGUGGAAGUUCCUCGAAUCGCUCAACUUCGACACCAUCAACGUCGCCAACAACCCUUCCUUGUCACAGGAGGCCGCGUCCUUCACCAAGACCCUUUACACAACACGCCUAUCCAAGUACACCAGACCAGAAGAGUUUGCGAACGCGACAGAGACACUCACGACUCACUACCACCUUGGCGAGAACCCUGACAUAGUCCUCUCGAAAGCGGAUCUCAUGUUCACCCUAUGCCGCUUCCGCGAUACCCUUGCCCUUACGUCGGCCGUCCUAGCGAACGACAAGUACAACUUCAACAUCAUGCCCAUACAUAUAGCGUCUUUGCACGAGCUUGGCGAAAAGAACACUCUGUUCCUGCUUGCGCACGAACUAGCAGACACGAACCCCUCAGAACCAUGCGCAUGGUUCGCCGUUGGUACCUACUAUCUCGCAAUCGGUCGCAUAGCUGAGGCACGCCGCUACUUCUCCAAAUCCUCCAUGAUGGACCCACACUUUGGCCCUGCCUGGAUAGGCUUUGCGCAUACUUUUGCCGCAGAAGGGGAACACGAUCAAGCCAUCUCCGCCUACUCCACCGCGGCACGUCUCUUCCAAGGCUCGCAUCUCCCACAGCUAUUCCUCGGCAUGCAAAACCUACAACUGAACAAUCUGAGUUUGUCGCGAGAGUACUUGAAGACAUCAUACGAUCUGUGCGAGAACGAUCCUUGCCUUCUUAACGAGAUGGGCGUUGUCUACUUCCACGAAGGACAACUACUGGACGCUAUACAAUUCUUCCGCCGCGCGCUAGCCUUCUCAGAGCAGAACGAAGCAGACCCAGAUGCUUGGAUACCCACACGGAUAAAUCUCGCCCAUGCGCUUCGCAAGUGUGAACAGUACAGCGAAGCUCUCGAGACAUUCGACGAAGUGCUUCGGCACGGCAUAAAGGACCCGAGCGUCUUCACCGCAAAAGCCCUGGUUCUCCUAAACCUCAACAGAAGUUGGGACGCUAUCAUCACCUUGCACGAAGCCCUCGCCGUCUCGCCCCAGGACCCAAUGGCUACCGACCUCCUCAAUCGCGCGCUAGAGAUUAACGAGUCAGACAGCGGACUCCUUGAGUCUGGAGCAGCGGGAGGACCAGACAUGACAGGAGACGCAGAUGAAGACGAAGAGAUCGAGGAGCUCGAGCGAAGAAUGAAUGGCAAGCUACGCGAAAUCGAACAGAAUCGGGUUGCUGGCAGGAGAGGUCGCAGGAGGCGACACGCGCAAGGCGCGGCGGAGGAGGAUCUUAGUGCGUUUGGGGAGAGUAUGGUAGUCGAUUCAGACGACGGCUAG